CGGCGGUCACACUCACAGGCGAUAAAAAGUGAGGCUUCCGAAUCUCCACCACACAGUCAGAUCCCUGUUGUUCCACGAUCGGCUCCAGCGAUGAGUAAACUGAACGCCUCUGCUUUUGAAUUCGUGCCAGGCAAAGGCUUUUCUCUUCCGCCUCAGAAUGUCCAGCCACCACCACCACCUCCAGUCGAACGACCUGAACAAACGGAGGCUCCUCGACCUGCACCAACAAUAUCAUUGAAUAUUGGUGGACCAAAGCCAACCCCAGUCCCCGCUGCCGCGCCAGCCAUAGCGAAACCAGCUCCCGUCGCGCCAAAGGCAGCUCCAACAACGUCAGCCAGCGCUGCCCCAGCGCCAUCCAAGACAUUUUCGAUGGAAAGGUCCAAAAUGGACACAACAGCAAUCGCACAUGAAGUCAGAAAUGCUGCAGACGAUGCUGUCCUCGAAGAUCUCUAUGGCGAUGCCAAGGAGCAUCUCAAUAUCGUGUUCAUCGGCCACGUUGAUGCAGGAAAGAGUACCAUGGGAGGGAAUCUGCUCUACUUGACUGGCAUGGUGGACAAGCGUACGAUGGAAAAAUAUGAGCGAGAAGCAAAAGAAGCAGGGAGAGAGACUUGGUAUCUCAGCUGGGCACUGGAUUCGACACCACAAGAACGUGCAAAAGGCAAAACUGUCGAGGUCGGUCGGGCUUACUUCGAAACCCCCUUCAGAAGAUAUACCAUUCUCGACGCUCCUGGCCACAAGACUUUUGUUCCCUCGAUGAUAUCAGGUGCCGCACAAGCUGACGUGGCCAUUCUUGUCAUAUCCGCCCGCAAAGGCGAGUUUGAGACUGGCUUCGAAAAGGGAGGCCAAACCCGAGAGCACAUCAUGCUCGUCAAAACUGCUGGUGUCUCAAAACUUAUCGUCGUUAUCAACAAGAUGGAUGACUCCACAGUGAACUGGGAGAAGGCUCGUUAUGAAGAGAUUCGCGACAAACUAAUACCCUUCGUUCGAGGUUCAGGCUUCAACCCAAAAACUGAUGUUACCUUCAUUCCUGUCUCGGCAUAUACUGGCGUCAACCUCAAAGAACGCGUUAGUGAAUCGGUCGCGCCUUGGUUCAAAGGGACAUCUUUCCUUGAUCACCUUGACCAUAUGCCUAUGGUUGACCGCAAAAUCAACGCACCACUGAUGAUGCCCGUUGCCGAAAAGUACAAGGACAUGGGUACUAUUGUCGUCGGCAAAAUAGAAUCGGGACAUGCUCGCAAAGGUGACAAUCUUAUCCUCAUGCCAAAUAAGACCCCUGUCGAGGUGACGGCUAUCUACAACGAGAUGGAAGAGGAAGUCAACGCUGCGCUCUGCGGCGACAAUGUCCGCAUUCGACUACGAGGAAUUGACGACGAAGAUAUCAGUCCCGGAUUCAUGUUGACCAGUCCUCUCAAACCUAUUCACGCCGUUCGUCAAUUCCAUGCGGAGCUUGCUAUUUUGGAGCACAAAAAUAUCAUUUGUGCGGGCUACUCUGCCGUUAUGCACAUCCAUACUCUAUCGGAGGAAGUCACACUUCCCGCUUUACUCCAUUAUUUCGACAAGGCAACCGGUCGCAAGUCUCGCAAACCCCCACAAUUCGCAAAGAAGGGACAGAAGAUUGUUGCGUUGAUUGAGACAACAGCGCCCAUUUGCGUUGAACGGUUUGCGGACUAUCCACAACUUGGUCGCUUCACUCUGCGAGAUGAAGGCACGUACCAAUUAAUUAUUUCUCUGCCGCUAAGUGAUGCGUAUGAUUGUAGGUCGAACUGUAGCCAUUGGCAAGGUGACUAAACUCAUUGACACUCAUGUCGAGGAAGCAGCGGAGGGGAUGUCCAACGUCUCUAUCAAUGCUUGA